UUAUUUCAUCGAGUCCCUAAACUUAAUUAGUUAUAAACAGUUGCUUACCAGUAUAAAUUUAGUUGCUCACUAGUCCUUCCAUGGACGGAGGAGAAGAAUCCAGUAAAUGAACUAAGCAAACACAGACAUGGCUGACUUGCCCAACCAACAUUUUGUGACAACAGUUGUUGAAGACCAUGAGACAACAUGCUGGGGUUGUGGACUCCGCCUUCUUUUACCAUCUUACUCACCUGUUUUUAAAUGUGGUUGGUGUGGAGCUAUAACAAGCCAGAACAAAAAGAAAUGUGAGGAUAAGUACUUUUGGUGGAGGCGCGUGCGUGAUCGUUGCUUUGUAUGUGUACUCCUCAGCUUCAUGCUUUUCAUGAUAUGUGGCGGAGUGUGGGCAGCGUAUCCUGUUGUAUUCUCUAUAGGCAAAUUGUGUGGGAUUAUACACUCUAUUGUAACAGUAAUCUUGUCCAUAACUACUGUUUCACUGUUUGGUCUUGCGGCCUUUAGAUGUGCUGGAACACCACCUAGCAUAGAGUGGGGUGGCUACCCAACUGUUGGAAAAAGUUUCCUAGAGAAUUAUACAUUUUGUCACUACUGUUCGAAGCCAAAGUCGCCAAGAACCCAUCAUUGCCGUUCUUGUGGAAUGUGUAUAUUGGACAUGGAUCAUCAUUGCCCCUUUAUCGGAAAUUGUGUUGGUGCAGCAAAUCACCGUCACUUCAUUGCGUUCCUUAUUUCAGCCAUCAUCAGCAUGGUAUAUGUUUCCGUUACAUCUACAUAUGCUGCAAUUCAUAUAUGGCCUCCAUUACCAACGAGAUCUACGGUCUAUUUAAGUGGCAUCAACAAUUAUAUAGCUUGGAGAUUUUUGAAGGAAACUAUAAUUGCAAUACUAAGUUCCGGAGUGUCUCUUUCCCCAAGAGGACUUGUUCUUGUUUAUCUGUUUUUCGCAAGUGUUUCUGUGCAGAUAGGACUAAGUGUGCUUCUGUGGCAGCAGCUUUCUUAUAUUUACCAGGGUAAAACUUACUUGAGCUACUUAAGUUCCCAGGGAGGAGAUCCUGUUAGUGAAAAGGACUGCAAAAACCUGUUCCGGUUUUUCGGUUGCUCAUAUUCUGUUUCAAGAUUCUUGCGCAAUGUUUGGAAUUCUCCUAAGAGACACAAUAAGUGAAAUGAAUGAAGGAUAUCACUGUGGUUUCUCUAUUGAAAGUUAUAGUCUCCGACCGUGUUGUAUGGAUAACUUACCAAGUCCUACAUUUCGGCAUUUCGUUUCCGUUUUCAGAAUCCUUGAGCUGUAGCAAGUCUUCCAGAAGGUCUUUGAUAUUCUCAUUCAAGGUUCUAAAACAUCGAAAUGGUAUAUUCAUAACCUAUUCAUAUGAAAAGUGUCGUUUUAGCAUUUUUCUCCGUAAAUCUACCCUUGGCUGCUGAAAAUUUUCGAAGUUAAUAUAUCACCUAUUGUAGGUAGCAUCAGAAUCAUAUAUGUUUAGAGAAAAGAUGGAGAGGGGACAGGUAAUAACCACUGUAUUAUUGAUUCUUUCCAUUUUUGUUGUUUCAAGAUUAUGAUUUUGAGAGAAAAAAUGCAUGGCUAGAAUUUACAAGUA